CGGGGGAGUAAUCCCCAAAUCUAGCUUGUUGUAAAAAAAACGAUUUUGUAUAGAAAAAAAAAGUCCACAGGUCUGGCACAGCUCGGAUCAGCCUCUGACCCAACCGUGAGCGACUAGUAAACAAAGCGCGGCGGGCCAUGUGAGGUGGUGCAUGUGAACACCACCAAUACGGCCAAUCCCCGCGCCUUAAAUUAACCGGCGACAACUGCUGCGCCUCCGCAACCCGCGCCCGGCGUCGUCUCCUCCCUCUCUCCAGUCUUCUUCCUUCUAACUUCUUCCCAACCCCGCAGCUAGCAAUUAAAAACAUUUCCGACUCGCAGACGCGCGCACCGGCCAGACGCCCGCCGAUCUCUCUUAUAUAUUCCGCUCCCGCGCCCCACCGGCAUUUCGUCAACCCGCGGCGCAUUUCGUCGGAAGCGUGCGUCCGUAUACGAUCACGAUCCAAUUCCCAGCAGAGAAUGGCAGCAAUGGCGCCAGCCGAGGUGCCGUCCUACUUCCUCUGCCCGAUCUCGCUGCAGCUGAUGCGCGACCCGGUCACGCUCCCCACCGGCAUCUCCUACGACCGCGCCGCCAUCUCGCGCUGGCUCGCCGCGCCCUCGCCCGCGCCCGCGCGCACCUGCCCCGUCACGCGCGAGCCGCUCGCGCCGGAGCUGCAGCUCACGCCCAACCACACCCUCCGCCGCCUCAUCGUCUCGUGGAUCGCGUCCCUCUCCCCCGGUAAGCACGCCGACGUGGACGACGAGGUGGCCGCCGCGCUGCGACCCGUGCACCGCGAGGAGCUCACUUCGCUGCUGUCCGACGCCGGCAAGGCCCACGCCCAGGUCGGAGCGCUGAAGAAGCUCGGGGAGCUGGUGGCCGAGUGCGAGGACAGGAGAGCGAUGCUGGAAUCCCAGGACGGGGUGUUCGACGUGCUGUCCCGCGUCCUGACGGGCGCCAGCGCUUGCUCCACGGCGCGGGAGGAGGCCGUCGGGGUCCUCGCCUCGCUCCGGAUCCCUCAGCAGGAACUCGUCCGCGUCGUCUCCAGGCACGGCAACCUGGUCGAGUCCCUCACCGCCGUGCUCCGCUCCCCGAACCCCAGGUCACGAGCACACGCCGUGCGGCUCGUGAGGUCCCUGGCCGACGUGGCCGUGCCGGCCUGGAUGAUCGGGCUCGACCAGGACCUUCUCGCCGAGGUGGUCCGCGUGGUCCGCGGCCGGGACAUGCCGGCGCGCGCGACCAAGGCGGCGCUCCACGCGCUCUCCGCGCUGUGCCCGUACGGCAGGAACCGCGUCAAGAUCGUGGGCGCCGGGGCCGUGGCGGCGCUCGUGGAGCUGCUGCUGGACGAGCCCGAGAGGCGCGUGUGCGAGCUCGCGCUGGCCGUGCUGGACCGGCUGUGCACGUGCGCCGAGGGCCGCGCCGAGCUGGUGGCGCACGCGGCGGGCGUGGCCGUGGUGGGGAAGAAGGUGCUCCGGGUGUCCGAGGCGGCGACCGAGCGGGCGGUGCGCGUGCUCCGCUCCGUGGCGCGGCACGCGGCCACGCCCGCCGUGCUGCAGGAGAUGGCGCAGGCGGGAGUCGUGGGCAAGCUGUGCCUGGCGAUGCGGUCGGAGCUGUGCGGGGUCAAGACCAAGGAGAAGGCGCACGAGGUGCUCAAGCUGCACUCCAGGGUCUGGAGGAGCUCGCCCUGCCUGUCUCCCAAGUUCUUGGCGCUCUACCCGUCGUGAUCAUCCAUUACUCCCGUCUUGUUCAUCGGAAUGCAUCUGUUUAUUCAUUGUUCUUUUUUUUUGUUGCAACAAUUUUGUUUCUAAUUUCUUUGGAUUCGGAGGGCAUGGAUUGUGCCUGCAGAAGAGAAAUACUACUCCACAUGACUA